UUCAACCGCAGCGACUUGCACAGAGGCACACUUGGUGCGGCGGGGUAAGAAGUCUCUGCUGCCUUCCGCGACAGGACGUUUUUGCCGUAAUUCCUGUAGACGACGGCUUCAGUAACCUGGUCAAACAACUUUCUGUUUGCAGCAGCGGACUGGUUUUCUUGGGGAAAAGUAAUCGACGUUAUUUCUCAAACAUAAUCGAGUUGUUAAUGAUUGAUUGCUCUGUAGCUGCAAAAGAAAGUCCAGCUCGCGUGAGGCACGAGAUCAUCAACAUGUGAAAAAUUUUUGGUGCACUUGCUCGAUUUCAGAAAAGGCAUUAAAUCAUUGAAAAGUAUGGGAAAGUGUUAAUUCGAUUUGGAAAAAAAAUGGGAAUUUCCAUUCAAAUGCUCAAAUGCAGAGAAGAAAAAAUUGACUGAUAUGUAAUCCUAGGCAUCGAUUGUGUCAAUAUGCAUCUGGACAUUUAAAAUUAACUACUUUACGUUGGAGAACUUUAUGAUUUUAAGCUACCAUGUUCUCCGCACCAGAUUUCGUUCAGAAAGGUCAUUAAGUUAAGACCUGGUGUUAAAGGUUUUUGCAAUGCAUCUGGUAUGCAGCAUAAUGUCUGGCUGAGCAGAAAAAAUACGGUGUCUGAAAAUCCACUGUUAUCAAGCUGGCUUCCCGUUUCUUACUGCGUCCAGUCUGCGCUUUGCAGGAUAGGGACUGGGAUCGGGUCAACUAUUGCCACCACCAUCAUUCUACAUUGACUCCAGGCGGAGCGGUCACCACAGGACCUGGACAUUUAGUGGACGCUUGCGGAGAGAACAAACCUUCCGACCUGAUGAUUGUCAGCCAUAUGGCUGAUUCGGCUGCCGCCUUGGCUGCGGCAUCUCAGCUGCCAUCCAUGAUCCCUACGCCCUCAUCGUGCACCACUGGGGUUAACCCCGCCAGUCCAAGCCCCAUGUUGCCAUCAUUCGGAUUCACCCAAGAACAAGUAGCAUGCGUUUGCGAAGUUCUACAACAGUCCGGUAAUAUAGAAAGGCUCGGACGGUUUCUGUGGUCACUGCCGGCUUGCGAACACCUACAGAAAAAUGAAAGCGUUCUCAAAGCGAAAUCUUUAGUAGCUUUCCAUAGAGGUAACUUUAAAGAAUUGUAUAGAAUUCUCGAAAGUCAUAAUUUCUCUCCGGCAUCUCACCCGAAGCUUCAGGCGCUGUGGCUGAAAGCUCAUUACAUAGAGGCCGAGAGGUUGCGAGGUCGACCUUUAGGGGCGGUGGGAAAAUACAGAAUCAGGAGAAAAUUCCCAUUACCCAGGACUAUAUGGGAUGGAGAAGAAACUAGUUAUUGUUUCAAAGAAAAGUCUAGAAACAUUUUAAGGGAAUGGUACGCUCAUAAUCCUUAUCCUUCUCCUCGUGAGAAAAGAGAACUAGCAGAAGCUACUGGACUCACGACAACACAAGUUAGCAAUUGGUUCAAAAACCGCAGACAAAGGGAUCGUGCUGCAGAGGCAAAAGACAGGGAACCUGGAGACAAACCCAAGACGCCCAACUCCACGGGUAGUGCAAAGCAAGACAGUGGCAGUCCAUCUGAUAACAAAAGUGACCGGCGUCCAGCCUCUUCGGACAACCACAACCACCACCACGGUAGCCAACAUGGAGGCCACCACCCCCUGAGCCUCGAUUCGGACACCGCCCCUCUCGGUUGCUGCAGCAGUGACAGCUCCAAUGGUAUGUUCAGCGGUUCGGAGCUCGCUAAACUGAGUCCGACGCACCCGAGCCUGGUGGCAGCGGCGCCGACGCAGGGAGCCAGCGCUGCGGGCACCGGCCACUCCGCGGCGGCUAUUGCCGCUGCAGCAGCGGCGAAUUUCCGCCUGGGCCCAAUGGCGGAUUUGUCGGCGGCACUUCCAAACAAUCUCAUCUCGCACCACCUCAGCGAUCUCAGCUUAGGCUUAACGACGCCUGGAGGCGACUACCAUCAAUCGUUAUGACAACAAAUGGCCGGCGGAGGGGCUAGCGCGUUGGCUGCCCAUCACCAGAUGACCAACGCGGUGACCACCGCCGGCAGCGCCACAACAAACCCGAUGUGCGUGAUAGUUACCAGUGAAGGACUUCUACCCUAUCGCAGUCCUCUUGUAAAUGAACAGAACUUAGUAAUGCAUAAAUACUCUGAUCCUACUUACACACAAAAUUGUUUCUUAUGAGGAAAUACUGUGUUGACGAACGAACCACUGCUGUGGCGUCUAAAUCUUGCUGUUCAUAAAAUUAACGUAACACAGAGAACUAAAAACUUUCUGCAUUUUAAAAGCAAUAAAGAAUGCAAUAUUCUAAUAGUUUACUAAGUAAACAAAAGUGUUUAAAAAUUUUAAGAGAUUUCUGAUUGAAAAGAUAUGCCUUAAAAUGCAGUGCAGUUUCUCUCAUGUAAAAAUACCCACAGGCGAAUACUAACUCUCCUUAGCACGAACAACCCAACAUAAUUUUCAUAUAUCUUAACAUUAUUCUUAAACAUUGUAUAUGUCCCUUCAAACUUUUUGCAAAUGCUCAGCAAUGCGCCGGAAGUUUUGAUGUUUGAAAAAUUAAAAUUUGAGGGAAAUAGAUUUUAUGGCAUUUUGUAUCAGGGACUGUAUAUUAAAUGCAUAUUGUUUUGUGCCAUUUAAAGUUGAAAUCAAUUGCAGUGUGAAACGAAAUACAACUCACUAUUCCGUAUUUUUCAAAAAUUCAUUAUUUCCAAAUUUAUGCCUAAAAUUAUCAUUUAUUUCUCAUAUUUUCCUUAAUCUAACUAUAUAAUUAAUGAGUUAUUAAUCAAAGAAAAAGCUAGUAUGAAAUGUAUUAUAUAUAUUCAAUUAUUUGCUUAGUUUUAAUUUUUAUCGCAAUUCAUCUGGAAUAAAUGUUCAGGAAGUUGCAUAGUUAAUUUUAAAGAGAGAAGAAAGAGAUUUCAAACUAUGUAUUGUUACCAUUUUCAAACGAUUAAAAAAUGUAAAUGUAAAUAAAUAUUAAUUUCUCUAAUUUCAUGCUAAAUAAUACUUAAUGAAUAUAAGAGCAUAUUAUCUGAAAAGUUAAUGCAAAAAUUGUGAUUAUCUGGUGUGCAAGAGCUUUCGAAUAGUUUGAAUUUCAGAUUUUUGGUUAGAAAUUAUGUUUUAGUUUAGUUUCAUUUUUUUACUCAAUCAUUUUUAAGGUAAAAGGCAAAAUAAAAGUUAGUAGUUAUAUCGAGUCAAACUUCUAAAAAGCAAACAUUUUAUUCCAAGCUUAAAUUACCAGAAAAUGUGAAGCCGAAUGUUAAAUCAAUUUUCAGUUUUCUUUAAUUGCUAAUUUGCAAUUUAUGGAAAAGAUCAUUCUUCUAUUAACCACAAUUAAAACUGUGUGGAAGAAAAUGAUUCGAAUUUUUUGUUGGAUCAGUGUAAAAUUUAUUUACCGUAAGGUUAGUAACAGCAAUUUUGUUAUUUAUUCCAAAGAAAAGCAUUGUGUAAUAAGAAACACGAUCGUAAUAAUUAAAUAAUCAUAAAAGACUAUUAUUUGACUUAUAAAUUGACAAAUAUAUACUGUAUGGAUAUAACUAAAUAAGAAUAACUAAUGUGUAAUAUAUAACUGUUUAAUAUAUAAGGAAUAGAAGUAGGCAGUUACAUUCUAAAAUGCAUAAGAUUAUCAUUAAAUUGGUAUUUUAAAAUAAAUUCCUUCGCAUUUGAACUUUGCGUGUUUUACACAUUCACAAAAGUAUAAAUAAUUUACUUAGACAUAUGGUUAAAUAACUUCUACCAUUCUUCUCUUUUUCCUUCUCCCUUUGCCUGUGCCAUCUAUUAUACAUCACAGUAUUAAUAUUUUUUAUUUCGCAAACUAGAUUAAGAUAGUAGACAUUCCAUGAAAUAUUUAAGUAACAAAAUAUUGAUAAUGAAUCUUGUAAUCUCUGUUAACACAGUUAUGUGAAUUGGGGUCCCUUUUGUAAGAUGAAUAUUUUCAUUCGUUUGAACCUUCAUAAAUUGCUUAAUUUCAUCGAACCACAUUUUUUGACAAUCUUUGUGAUUUCGAAUCUCCAUGUUUUUGAACUACUUGAAAUACUUGCUCUGUUUUGAUGAAAUGCUUGUUUAGCCAUUAUGCACUUGAACUCACAAUGAUCAGCAACGAUUCUUCAUAUGCUUAAGGUUCGGAAUCUCAGUAGGAUUUCAUAGCAAUAAGAAGACAUUAUUCCUUAUCUUGUCAACUUUGAGCAGCUUCGUUUAUAAUUUAGAGAAAAGUAAAUAGCCGCUUACCAGAAAAUUAACAUUGAUUACUUUAGAAGGAAACGAAAAGUCCAAUAUUGAAAGAAAGUAACAGAUAAGAAAUUAGCUUUAAAAGCUUAGCGUAAUUAAAAUUCACAAAUGGAACUUGAGUAAUAUGAUAAGGAAAUUCGACUCAAAAAGGACUCAAGGAAUAACGAUAAAAAUGGUCAAAGUAGGAGACAUCAAGCUUGAAUUUCUAAUAUAGCAGAACUAGUCACGUAAAUAUAAGCUUACCAGAUGUUUUGCUUUGACCGGGAUUGUCCUGGUUUGAUGUGUUUCGAGUCCAUGCGCCUCGGCCAGUUUGUCAUUUUGUUCCGGUUAUUAGAAAAUAAUUUAAUAUUAAUAAUCUAAUAAUUUUUUAAAUUUUUGGUAUAGUUUUUUAAAAUAUAAUUUGAACAUACAAGAAGCAAAAAUAGUGCAGCUUCGGGUUAAAUGGCGGUUUGGCAAUUAAAAUACCCCUCUGUUACACUCACUGUUUCCGUUCUUAACAUUUUGUAUUUAGAUCUGAGUACUUUUAAUGUUGUCUAGAUGUUCUUACCCAGAAUGAUGAAGGUGCCUUUCUUACACUGCUGGGGAAUAGUCUUCGUGGAUCACUUAUGGGAAAACAGUUUUGGUGAAUCACAAUCUUUUAUUGGUGUAAACUUUUAUUGGUGGAUCACGAUCUUUUAUUGGUAUAAACUUUUAUUUUAUUGGAUUUUUCAUUGGUAUAAACCAGGACUUCUUAAACGUUUUUCUGUCGCAACCCCUUUUUAUAACCGAGAUUUUUUCGCAACCCCCAAGACCUUAUUUACAAAAAUUUUGUGGGAUCCCAUAAGUUUUGCGCAAAUCCGACACACGCGUGAGUGGAACUGUCAAUUUUUUCCCUUGUACUGUAAUAUACUAUUGCAGUUUUAGGUCAUUAACUUUGA